GCAUUUCUCAUUCCAAAAAUUAAAUUCAAAUAAAAAUUCCAUCCGGCCUCCCUCCCGUUUUCCCAUUCCCAGCUGCGCACGCCGGCCUCCCAAAAAUCACGAGCGCUUGCGCGGCACCAGGAGGAGGACACGGGGAGGGAGGGGAGAACAGAACAGAACAGCAGCGGAAGAGGCCCCGCACCACGUCGCGUGAUUUUCUUUAAUCCGCUAGCAACACAGCGCCCCGCCCCUCGUGAAGGCCUCCAGUCCACACCAGCCUUCGUCCCGUCCUGCCCCCCACCCCAUCCUCGCCUCCGGAUCUCGCUCCGCCGGCCGCGGCCGGACGAGGCGCCUGCGACCCGGUCCGACCCUCCCUCCCUCCCUCCCCCUCUCCCGCCGACCGCGCGUCUGUCGGGACUCGGGCCGGCUUACUUAUACCGCUCGCAUUGCCGGGUGCCUGCUCCAUUUGUCCACCCCACUCGCCGCGCGCGCGGACUCCGUGCCCCGGGCGGGCCACUCGCAGCUUCGAGCUAGCUCGGAGCUUCUGAGCACGACCACGAGGAGGAGAGGUACAGGCUACUACAGUUCUGGGAGAUGGCGGCCGGCGGGGUGGGGCCCGCGCAGCACCAGGCGGCGAACGGCGCCUCUGGCAGCGUCAGCAACGGUGGCGCCGCCACGCCGCUGCACGGCUCGGCCGCCGACGGCUACGACAGCGACGGCUACAGCUUCGCGCCCCCCACGCCGUCAACUUUGUCCAUGUCCAUACCUCCUGAGCUUGCUGGAGCUAUUCCGUUAAUUGAUCGAUUUCAGGUCGAGGGCUUUCUCAAAGCAAUGCAAAAGCAGAUUCAUUCAGCUGGAAAACGUGGGUUUUUUUCUAAAAAGUCUGUUGGACCACAAGCUCGUGAGAAGUUCACUUUGGAAGAUAUGUUGUGCUUUCAAAAGGAUCCUAUUCCAACUUCAUUACUGAAGAUAAGCAGUGACCUUGUAAGCCGCUCAAUUAAAUUGUUCCAUGUCAUAUUGAAGUACAUGGGCGUCGAUUCACCAGCAAUAAUAACUUUGGAUGAGAGAAUAGAACUUGUUGCGAAGCUCUACAAGCAUACGUUGAAGCGUUCUGAACUUCGAGAUGAACUCUUUGCCCAGAUUUCAAAACAAACACGUAACAAUCCUGAUAGGGGUUGGUCAAUAAGAGCUUGGGAGCUUAUGUACCUGUGUGCAUCAUCCAUGCCACCAAGCAAAGAUAUUGGGGCAUACUUGUCUGAGUAUGUUCACUUUGUUGCCCACGGAGCCACAACUGAUUCUGAUGUUCGAGUUCUAGCACUGAACACACUGAAUGCAUUAAAACGAUCAGUCAAGGCAGGUCCUAGGGUUACAAUUCCUGCACGGGAGGAAAUAGAAGCUCUUUUGACAAGCCGAAAGCUUACAACAAUUGUUUUUUUCUUGGACGAAACUUUUGAAGAAAUCACCUAUGACAUGGCAACAACUGUUGCUGAUGCUGUUGAGGAACUUGCUAGCAUUAUCAAACUUUCAGUGUAUUCUAGUUUCAGCCUAUUUGAAUGUCGGAAGGUUGUUAACGGAUCAAAGUCUUCAGAGGUUGGCAAUGAGGAAUACAUUGGAUUAGAUGAUAACAAAUAUAUUGGUGACUUGCUAUCUGAAUUCAGAUCAGCUAAGGAUCGCAACAAAGGAGAAAUUCUUCAUUGCAAACUUGUAUUCAAGAAACGUCUCUUCCGCGAGUCGGAUGAGGCUGUGACUGAUCCAAUGUUUGUUCAGCUAUCAUAUGUCCAGUUGCAACAUGAUUACAUUUUGGGAAACUAUCCUGUUGGCAGGGAUGAUGCUUCACAACUCUCUGCUCUGCAAAUCUUGGUUGAGAUUGGAUUCAUCGACAAUCCUGAGUCCUGCGUCGAAUGGAUAUCACUUUUAGAGAGAUUUCUUCCUAGACAAGUGGCGAUUACCAGAGCAAAGCGAGAUUGGGAGCUUGACAUCAUUUCACGCUUUCAGUUAAUGGAACAUUUAUCAAAAGACGAUGCACGGCAACAAUUUCUCAGAAUCUUAAGGACUCUUCCAUAUGGGAACUCUGUUUUCUUUAGUGUCCGUAAGAUUGAUGAUCCAAUAGGAUUGCUACCUGGAAAAAUUAUUCUGGGAAUCAACAAACGAGGGGUUCACUUUUUCCGUCCAGUUCCCAAGGAAUAUCUUCAUUCUGCAGAAUUAAGAGACAUCAUGCAAUUUGGUAGCAGCAAUACUGCUGUUUUCUUUAAAAUGCGAGUUGCUGGUGUCCUUCAUAUCUUUCAAUUUGAAACAAAGCAGGGCGAGGAAAUAUGUGUAGCACUUCAAACACAUAUAAAUGACGUCAUGCUCCGCAGAUAUUCAAAAGCACGCUCUGCUAAUAGUGUGACAUCGCAAAAUGAUGUUAACCAUGCAUAUAAGCCACCAAAUAUUGAAAUGUAUGAGAAGCAUGUCCAAGAACUGACAAAAACAGUUGAGGAAUCUCAGAAGCAAGCAGAUCAGUUGCGAGAAGAUCUACAGUUGAAGACAAAACAAGAAACAGAGAUGCAAGAAGAGUUGGAAGGGCUAAAAGACACCUUGCAAUCCGAACGACAAAGUUCCAAAGAAGUAAAAAAUGAGCUUGAUAAGCUAAAAUCUCUAUGUGAUGAGAAAGAAUCUGCUUUGCAGGCUGCCCUGAUGGAAAAAAGUAGACUUGAAACCAGAUUGACAAGUAGCCAGGGCCGUGAGAGAGAUACUUUGACAACUGUAGGCAGCGUCAAUAGUGACAUUGAGAUGCUUACCAAGCUUAAGGAGGAUUUGAAAUCAUACCAAAAAGAGCUCGAUGCAUCAAAACAGGUCUCGAAGAAGCUCAUGUCAGAAAAGAAUCUUCUUGACCAGAAGGUUCAAAGGCUUGAAAGAAUGAAAAAUGAAGAGAAAAGCACAAUGGAAAAGGUUUAUGCGGAUGAAUGCCGUAAACUGAAAUCUCAGAUUGCUGAAUUGGAGCAGAAAUUGGAAGAUGCAACACAAUCCUUAAAUGUGGCUGAAUCAAAUCUUGCUGUAAGAAAUGCUGAAGUUGAUAGCUUGCAAAAUAGUCUGAAAGACCUUGAUGAACUAAGAGAGUUCAAAGCGGAUGUUGACCGAAAGAAUCAACAAACUGCUGAGAUUCUUAAAAGGCAAGGGGCACAAUUGGUGGAACUUGAGAAUCUUUAUAAGCAAGAACAAGUUCUGCGAAAACGUUACUAUAAUACAAUUGAAGAUAUGAAAGGAAAAAUAAGAGUUUUUUGUCGCUUGCGCCCUCUAAGCGACAAGGAACUUUCUUUUGAGGAGAAAAAUAUAGUUUGCAGUCCUGAUGAAUUUACAAUUGCACAUCCAUGGAAAGAUGAGAAGUCGAAGCAACAUAUAUAUGAUCGUGUUUUUGAUGCAAACACAAGUCAAGAAGAAAUAUUUGAGGAUACUAAGUACCUGGUACAAUCAGCUGUUGAUGGAUAUAACGUUUGCAUAUUUGCAUAUGGUCAAACUGGUUCUGGAAAGACUUUCACUAUUUAUGGUUCAGAUAACAAUCCUGGUCUUACUCCAAGGGCCACAUCUGAACUUUUUAGGGUGAUAAAGCGCGAUGGGAACAAAUAUUCAUUUUCAUUGAAGACAUAUAUGGUGGAGCUUUAUCAAGAUAAUCUUGUGGACCUAUUGUUGCCCAGAAAUGUGAAGCCGCUAAAGUUAGAGAUAAAAAAAGAUUCCAAGGGUGUUGUUACUGUUGAAAAUGCGACAGUUGUGAGCAUUUCGAGUAUUGAGGAACUGAGGGCUAUAAUUUCAAGAGGCUCUGAGAGGAGGCACACUGCCGGAACUAAUAUGAAUGAUGAGAGUUCAAGGUCUCAUUUAAUUCUUUCAGUCAUUAUUGAAAGUACAAAUCUUCAAACCCAAUCAUAUGCAAGAGGCAAGCUAAGUUUUGUGGACCUUGCUGGUUCUGAGAGGGUGAAAAAAUCUGGUUCCGCAGGAAAGCAACUGAAAGAAGCACAAAGUAUAAACAAAUCUCUUUCUGCUUUGGCUGAUGUUAUUGGUGCUUUAUCUUCUGAUGGACAACAUAUACCUUACCGGAACCAUAAGUUAACAAUGCUUAUGAGUGAUUCUCUGGGAGGGAAUGCGAAGACCUUGAUGUUUGUGAAUGUUUCACCAGCAGAGUCUAACUUGGAGGAGACUUACAACUCGCUGAUGUAUGCUUCACGCGUUCGAUGCAUUGUUAAUGAUACGAGCAAGCAUGUUGCUCCAAAAGAAAUCAUGAGAUUGAAGAAGUUGAUCGCCUACUGGAAGGAGCAAGCAGGCAAGCGGAGUGAUGAGGACGAGCUAGAGGAGGUAAAGGAAGAGAGGAUCUCAAAAGAGAGAGCAGACAAUCGCCUGACUGGCUGACAACUUGACACAACCACUGAAUGCUCCUGGUUCCGUUCUUCCAUUACCUGGAGAAGAGGUGAUUGAUGCUGAUGAGCAUUUGCAACUGCCACGAGUUCUGCGAUCGCUCUCUAACAGAAUGUUCCGAUAUCAUCUGACCUGUACAUACAGUAGCUACGUAUUAUAUACUAUGGCAGCGAUGCCCGUUUGUACAAAGAGGAAUGUAGCACACAUUGAUAGAAAGGGAAAAGGUUGUGUGACUGGGAGGCUUGAUGCGCCCUAAGCCUAUAACAGCUGGAUCAUGUCUUUUUCCCCCCUUGGAGCAGGUAUUUAAAGCAUAAUGUGAGCGUCCUUACCCAAUUCUUUCUUAUCUUGUGUAAAAAUCGGGUAGCCUUGGAUGUCAAUUAAACACGUAAACUUCACCUUGGACUAGACUA